AUGGACUGGCCAAUCAUUGGCAAGUGCCGCAACCGAUUAUGGUUAGUUGUCUUGGCCUCUUUUCUUCUGUGGCUCGUAUUGUUUUGCUUCUAUUAUUCGGCUCCUAUGGUUGGUGAUAACUUUGUCAAAUCUGUCAAUUUUGGAGACUCUAAUUCUGUAUUUUCGCCUGGGAAUUCCAAUGAAAGCAUUAACGAAUUGCUUGGUACAAAUUUUAUUAGCGAAGAAACUGAUUUUGUAAAGCCUGCAAAAGACAAGGAUGCAGCAAAAAAUUCGUACAACCCGUUUACCAAUUUUUCAGCCGGGGAUUAUGGGCUUGAAAAUUUUGAUCAUAUAGUGACAAAAGUGUACCCCAACAAUCAAACACACAUUGCACAGAACGAAGUGGAUCAGUCUGUUAAUGGGGUUUCUAGUUUAGAGAAUGCAGAAGAACCAGAUCAGAAGAGGUUUAAACCCGAUGAGAAAAUCUCCAAAGAUUCCUGUUCGGGUAGAUACAUUUAUGUCCAUCAUCUUCCUCGCGGGUUCAACGAAGACAUGCUCAGGCAUUGCCGGUCACUUAGUAAUUGGACAAAUAUGUGUCUUUUUACGGCAAACAUGGGGCUUGGUCCCUCUCUUGCAGAUUCUGAGAGGGUAUUCUCAAAGACAAGUUGGUUUGCGACAAACCAAUUCUUGCUGGAAGUCAUCUUCCACAACAGAAUGAAACAGUACAAGUGUCUGACAAAUGACUCAUCAAUGGCUUCAGCAAUCUUUGUACCGUAUUAUGCCGGCCUCGACGUUUCUCGCUUCCUCUGGUAUUCAAACACAUCGAUGAGAGAUGCUGCUUCCCUUGAUCUUGUCAAGUGGCUCAGAAGAAAGCCAGAGUGGAAGAAAAUGUGGGGCAGAGAUCAUUUCAUGGUUGCCGGAAGAAUUACAUGGGAUUUUAGGAGAGUAAGUGAGAAGGAUUCUGAUUGGGGUAAUAAGCUAAUGCUCUUGCCGGCGUCGAGGAAUAUGACGAUGUUGGUGAUUGAAUCAAGCCCUUGGGACAACAACGACUUCGCCAUUCCUUAUCCGACAUACUUCCACCCUUCAAGCGACAAUGAAGUUUUCCGGUGGCAGAGCAGAAUGAGGAGGCAGAAAAGGCGGUAUUUCUUCUCUUUCGCCGGCGCCCCAAGACCCAAUCUUCGAGAUUCUAUUCGUACUGAGAUUAUCGAACAGUGCCGGGCUUCUGCAGGGAGGAAAUGUAGGCUGCUGGAAUGCAGAGACCGCGCAAACAAGUGCUACAAUCCAUCUCACUUGAUGAAAAUGUUCCAAUCUUCUGUGUUCUGCUUGCAGCCUCCAGGGGAUUCAUUCACCAGGCGCUCUGCUUUUGACUCGAUUUUGGCAGGUUGUAUCCCAGUUUUCUUUCAUCCGGGGUCAGCUUAUGUUCAAUAUCUAUGGCAUUUACCCAAAGAUUAUACCAAAUAUUCUGUGUUUAUACCAGCAAACGAUGUCAAAAGUGGGAAAGUCAGCAUCCAAAAGAUACUACUUCGGAUUCCCAAAGAGAAGGUGCGGGCUAUGAGAGAGGAAGUCAUACGGCUGAUUCCAAGAGUAAUCUAUGCACACCCAAGAUCAAGAUUGGAGACCCUUGAAGAUGCUUUUGAUAUUACCGUUAAGGGUGUUCUUGAAAGAGUAGAGAGAAUUAGGAGGGAGAUGAGAGAGGGGAAGAAUACUAGUUAUGCUUUUGCAGAGGAAUUUAGUUGGAAGUAUAAUUUGGUUGGGACGACGGUUGGGGAGCAUGAAUGGGAUCCUCUCUUUGCCAGACUGUAGAACAUAAAUCCACAUUUUUAGAGUACAAAAAACAGGGGAGCACAGACCUAAGAGAAUGGCAAAUUUGGUUUUGUUUGUUGUUGUAUUUGGGCAAGAAUUUUAUCUUUUUAGUUUAGAAAACAAACAAAAAAAAGUGUUUUUACAUCAAGUUUGAGAAGUAUUUUUGAUGUAUGGUGAACUCCAAAGGUCCUUGAUUUAUAGU